AGAUAGGAGAGCCUCUCGCAAUGACCUUGAAAUAGGAACUUUUUCAAAUGUGGUUGUUUAUUAUUGUUGACACUGCUUCUGCUUGUGGUUAGAACUACAUUCCUGGAAUUAUUUCCGUGUAAGCUCCUCAUGAAAUAUUUGCAGAAAUUUUGAAAUUUCAUUAGAAAACCUUAACCCAUCACCGUGUCAUUUAUGAAACAACUUCCUAUAAAAAUUCCUGCAAAUCUUCAGUAACCUUUAGUGAAUUUACUAUGCACAAAGGCAAGGUUAUACUUAUUCCAGGAUUGCCUGGAUGGGGGCUGACAAAUGGAUACUGGGAAAGUGCUUUAGAUACUUCUAUUUGUCCAGGAAAUCUCUCAAUAUUGACUGCUAAUCCAAGCCCAGUAGCCUCUCAUCAUGACAGAGCAUGUGAAGUGUUUGCACAACUUACCGGGACAGUUGUAGAUUAUGGACAAGAACAUUCCAAGAGUUUCAAACAUUCUAGAUGGGGUAAUGAUUACAGCGGAAGGUCAGCACUCUUUCCCGAAUGGGGAAGUUCAAGUCCUGUUCAUUUUAUAUGCCAUUCUGGAGCCGUGAAUACCGUCAGAGUGCUUCAGAAACUUCUCGAAAUCGAUUUCUGGAACAGAAGAACCAGCGCUGAAUGGAUUCUGUCAGUUACUUCGAUCAAUGGUGCACUAAACGAAAGCGCCCUUUCUGAAGUUAUUAAUCGUGAAGUAAUUCACUUGGUAAGCAGAAAUUUCCUCUGCGAACAGUGUAAAAACCAAGGUUGUUCCUUUUGCCUUGGAAUAAGAGUUCAAAAAGCGGCGAAAAUACUUUGUCGAUCUGUUAUAUGGGCAGCGACGUCAAAAUUAAAACUAGACUUUCAGCAGAUACGUCUGGCAUUGAAUUGGCCUACGGAUCACUGGAUACAUGACGAUAGCGACAACAAAGAAUCACUUUCGACUGAGGAAGUUGUAGACAGGCUUAAGUCGAGCUUAAAAUGUGGGAUGUUUAGUUCAGGUGACAACAUAAUUUAUGAUCAAACACUAGAAGGUAUUAACAAACUCGAAGAAUUUUUCGGUUCUUCAUCAAAAGUUGGUCAUCCUUUGGAACACUCACCGAAGUUUGUUCAUGACAAGACAUUUUACCUUUGUUUAUUCUCCAGUGCGACCACGUCAUCCACUCUUUGCAUCCCACCGGAAAUGUCUCCCAUCUUAUGGCCAUUUUCUGCCAUUCUUCUGGACAAAAACAGAAGUGAUAGACUGGAAGAAAGUACCAAGAUUGUUAUUCACAAAAUUCACUCUAUUAGUAAUAGUGUAGAUCCCAUCAGAGACAAUGACGGCAUGGUCACAGUAAUUAAUCAGUGUGUACCACGGGGAGCUGAGUCACUAGUCGAAGUGUUUCCAGAAAAAGCUGGAUGGAUGUCAAAAAACGCUAACUUACGACCAGGAGUAUGGUAUAUUGAUAUCGUUAACAAAUGGAUAGACGAAAUAGACGAAGUUGCCUGCAGAUCGGAGGCAGGUAGUGAAAGUAUAGGCGCGCAUAUUGUUUCUGGAGAUCAGAAACGCAAAAUUUUGUGGGACCAUUUUGAUGCCUGCUGGUCAAGAACUUUGCUUAAACCAACUCACGACCAAGUACCUCUUGAUUUUCAAAGGUCACUUUAUCGUAAUUUAUUUUUAUAUAUUUCUUCUGUACAAAUGCUUUUUGAGAGUUCACUCAAGUAAAGUGAGUUGCUUUUCAUUUAAUUAAAAACAUAUCAUAAUAUGCAAGUAUACGUUUUGUUGUAAGCCUAUCAGAUAACAAUUGAAGUCCUGGGCGUUCUAGGUUAGACAAACUCUAGCUUCACUUCUGCUUAUUUUGUGCUGACAAGGAUUGAAUGAAUUUUUCAAGCAUUCUAAAAUGUAUAACUGUAUUUUGUGACUUUAAGGAAUGUGAAGAUUUUCCUUCUCAGAUGGUUACAGGUUGCAUUCGUUAACUUUGUCUAAGAAAGCCUGUUUUCAAUCGAGUUAUACCCGAUAAAGAAAUUUUCAAGAAUUUGUGUUGUAUACUUGAAGCCAUAGAAACCUCCUCGCAUCUGCACAGUACUGUAACUUUCUUGUCUUGUGUAUUUGACUUUACUGUUGGUACUUCAUUUUGAGUUGAGUAUCCAGUUAAUCGAAAGACAACGUGAUAAUUUGAUGCAUUUUAGGAGAGUGUAAACAUCAGCAUAUGCCUAAUACUACUAGGUAAAUGAAUGAAAAGUGAGUAUAAUGGGGUUCCGAUUUGGCGAUCACUAGCUAAACACGAUGUGUUCAGAACAGUGGAUUCAAAUAAUGUUUUGAGUCAAAGAUUUAUGAACUUUAUAUUGCUACAUUCACUUUGCACAGUAAGACCGAGUCAUUACAAGAGCUGUCAGGGAAUUCAUGUAAUUAUUAAUAACAAUAUAACUGCUUUAAAUAUAGCUUAUGAAUCCAGAAUAACUAUUGCAAUCACAAUAUUGAUUCCGCACUGUUUGGUUAUAUUUUGUCUAUUUCACUUUUCUAUCUUUCAUAAUGGCAAUGUUUUACGUUCCAG